AUGGGGGAUUCCCCGGGAACGGGCAGGGCGGGAAUGGCUCCGGAAACGUCCCAGACAUUGCUGCAGCUGUCGUCGCCCGACCACCUCACCCACCACCACCCAAACCCUCCCACUGAGCAUGAUCGAACUACCCUUCAGUCGAAGCGAUCCUCUCUACCAGCACGUCCAAAUGGUGCUGCUCGACACGCCAAACGACUGACCUUGAACUUCCCCAUCAACAUCCCGCCGCCCGCCACCGUCGACCCUAGUGCGAGUGUUGCCUCCCCUGGAUCCAUGACGCCCGUGACUCGUUCCUCCGCCUACCCCUCGCCGAUCCCCCAUCUGGGAGCUCCCCUGGCCUUUGACGAACAAGAUGAUGGCUCCGGACUGUUGACUGCCAUCGCCUCGCAGGAAAGAAGAGUGCUGGAGCUGCGGGAGGAGCUCCAUCGUGCGGAGACUGAGCUGGACUCGUUGAAGAAGCAGUGGGCCUCGUCCGAGAGGACCAAGAAGCGAGCGGAGAUCAGCUAUCGGGCAGAGCCUUUGAUCCCGCUGCGAUCCCCCGAUCAGACUCCGGAGCGCUCGCAUCGUCGAGACCCCAGUCUGAGCGGCUCCGCGAGCCCCUCGCUGGCGCACGCACGACUCAGCCGGGAGCUGGAUCGCCGCCACAGUCUGCGCGCAGCUGCAACUCAAGGCACGACCGUCUCAGCCAAUGGACGACGGGUGUUCCGGGGCUCUCACACCCGGACCCUGUCCUUGCUGUCGCCGGUGUCGGUUUCUGGAGACGGCAGGGCCGCAUCGGAGUCGGAGACCAACUCGGCGAAUGGUCGUAUCGGUCGGUCUCCCCGGUCAGCCACUCUGCCGUCGUCUGUUGAGCGCAGUGCAGGUUCCGGCGACUCCUCCAAGCCCACCGAGGACAUGAUCGCGCAGUGGCGAAACACCAUGCCUCCUCCGUCUCGCGAGGCGCUGAUGCGCACCGGCAAGCAGAUGGCGUCCGACCUGCGCGAGGGACUCUGGACAUUCUUGGAGGAUAUCCGACAAGCGACCGUGGGAGAAGAGGGCAUCAGUGCGACCGAAUCCCGGGGCGUACCUCCCGUACGCAAGCGGGAUUCAUCCAGCUCGACAUCGCGAAGCAGAGACCGGUUAUCCAUGCAGGGGGGCAGAACGUCACGCGCGGGGACGAAUUAUUCUGGUAAAGACUCCAACUCGGCGGACAUUGACGCGUCGUUCUGGAGUGAAUUCGGCAUUGAUACAGCUGGGCAGAAGUCCCGGAGCGCUCGCGGAGCCUCCAGUACCCCAAGCGGGCGGAUCGAACAGGGCGGCUCCCACAUCCCCGAUGUUGAAGACAACUGGGAGUGGGACUCGCCGAAGAAGACACACACACCGUCAUCCAGCCGCUCCACGUUGGAGUCGAAGCAGGACCAGUCGCCGAUGACGCAGAGCAGCAGUCCACGUACAAGUACCAGUUUUGGCGACUGGCGCGCCCUGCACGAGUCUAUUGUCCCCGAUCCCAGUGUAUCCGACGGUAUCCCUUGGCCAGCCAUUACCAAGCUGGCGCCCUCGAAGUUGACCCGGACCGCGUCCAACCUGAUGGCCGAAUGGGAGCGCAGUCUCUCCCCCGAACGAAAGGAACCCUAUUCGCCGAUUGACAAGGACGACAAGCGUGACUGA